CGAGAACACGGCGCACCAUCACACUCUCAUCUCUCUCUCCCUCGCAUACUCUCAGAGCUUCACUUUCAGAUUACUCACUCUCUCUCUGAAUUUCACUCUCAAAAGCUGUACUUUCCAAAAAUUGCACAUCUCUGAAUUCCCUCCUUAUUUAAGCCCCCCAAAAGCUAGGGUUCCUCAAUUAAGCUUCCGUCCCAUUGAGCUGCAACUCGCAUACAGAUACGCAUUUCGUGUAUGUGUGAAAUUGUGUUGCCGAAAUGGAUCCUCCGAUAAUCAACGCGGGCUCGUUCUCGGCGGCGAACCCUUCGUCUUACAGUCUGGCCGAGAUUUGGCCGUUUCCGAUCAAUGGAGGAGCAGGAGGAGGGGGGUUGGGGUUGACGAUGAACAGUUUGAGCGGAUUCGGCGAGGUGGUGGACGAAUCGACGGUCACGGAGCAGAGUGGCAGCAAAAGGAAGCGGCGGGAUGCCAAUAAUUCCGAGGAUGAGUCCUCCAAGCUCGUCUCCACGGCCAGACCCAACGAUUUGAAUAAUUCUAAUGCAAAAAGAAUGAAAUUAUCUGCAUCUAGAGAUGAAACUGGUGGAUCCAAAUCUGAAGUUGAAGCUAGUUCAGGGACUGGGAACAAGCCUGUUGAUCAAAGCAUAAAACCUUCGGAGCCUCCUAAGCAAGAUUAUAUCCAUGUCAGAGCUAGAAGGGGUCAAGCUACUGAUAGCCACAGUCUAGCUGAGAGAGCUAGGAGAGAAAAGAUCAGUGAGAGAAUGAAGAUCCUGCAAGACCUGGUCCCUGGAUGUAACAAGGUUAUUGGGAAAGCACUUGUCCUUGAUGAGAUAAUUAAUUACAUCCAGUCACUACAGCGCCAAGUUGAGUUCUUGUCAAUGAAGCUUGAAGCAGUCAAUUCAAGGAUGAACCCCUCCUUUGAGGGAUUUGCUUCUAAAGAUUUCAACACAGGAUAUGCCUCUUUUACCUCUCCUAUCAUUCACACUUUCUACAGUCUUAUUUUGACCCUGUUUCCUGGGUAGUGCUCUUCAUGUCAGAUAGUGAUGGUUAUGGUUAUGAAUUGGUUCCCGGUUGAGCACAUCUUAGUAUCCUUGCUUUUCCUACCCCCCCUUUCCUUCCCUUUUUAUCUUCCCUAAUCAGUUUCUCCUUUUAUUCAUUAGUUGUUUCCUUGUAGUUCAUAUGCCAUGUCCUAUUAUGAGUUGUGCUUUGCCUUUAUUUUUCAAAAUGAAGAUACAUCAGAUUCUCCUCUGUAUUGAGUUUCAUUAAACCUUAUUUUCUAAAUAAGAAUUCUCUCUGUAGCAAUGAAUCUUAUGAAAAGGAUUGUGCAUGAUUUUGUUAUUCUUGCCCUUUCUUUUAUGCUUCUGACAAAUA